AUGUCUGCAGAGCAAAAGAGCACUCAAGGGCAGAAUGCCACUCCAUAUUUCGGUGCGGGAGUGCCGUCAAGUGGGAAAGAUACUGGCGUGCAUUCGAAAGGCUCUCGAAGAACAACAUACCUCGUUUUCUCCGUGGUCGUUGUAGUGGUUGUACUGGGACUGGCGCUAGGGCUGGGUCUUGGACUGGGACUAAAUCAUUCUAACAAGGGUCAAUCGAAAAGCACCGCUGGUGCUCCCUCGUCGUCAAACAGCUCGUCGCCCACCGAGGACUCACAUGCAUCUCUACUGGUUCCUCCAUGGAGAUCAAAUGUUGAAGACUACACCCUCGACAUGGCAGGCUGGGACUUCAAUGCAUCGCCGACCACACGCGAAUACAAUUUCACCAUUGAUGAGAUCGAGCUGUCGCCGGAUGGUGUCUUCCGUGAGGUCAUCGCCAUCAAUGGUCGUAUCCCAGGCCCGCUGAUUCGUGCUAAUGUGGGCGAUCGGAUUCUCGUCCAUGUUCAAAACAAUCUCCGGAACGGGACUGCCUUUCACUGGCAUGGGCUUUACCAGAAUGGUACAAACUGGAUGGACGGUACGUCCGGAAUAACGCAAUGCCCUAUUCCACCGGGGGCAAGUUUCACUUAUAACUUUACCGUGGAAAACCAGUUCGGAACUUAUUGGUAUCACACCCACUAUUCGACCACGAAUGGAGAUGGACCAGUCGGACCACUAAUUAUACAUUCACCAGAUGAGCUCAAACUGCAAAAGCUCUAUGACGUGGACCAGGUUAUGCUUAUCCAAGACUGGUACCAUGACUAUAGCCAGGCCCUUUUGCCCGACUACCUCUCAAGCGGCAAUGAGAAUAGUGAGCCCGUGCCUGACAAUGGCUUGAUUCAGGGUACCAACUAUUUCAACUGUUCAACACUCGACUCCGAUAGUGGCUAUGUCUGCGAGCAAAACUCGACACGUGCGGUGUUUACGGUUGAGCACGGCAAACGUUAUCGGUAUCGGCUGAUCAACACGGGAGCUUUCGCGACAUUCGAAUUCUCAAUAGACAACCAUGCCCUCUCCGUUAUUGAAGCGGAUGGAAUCGCGACAGAGCCUCUUUCUGUGCACCGACUCGACAUUGCUGUGGCGCAGAGAUACUCAAUCGUCGUCAACGCCAAUCAGACGGCAGGAUCGAACUACUGGAUUCGAGCCCAGAUGAACACGUUCUGCUUCGGAACCAAUCCGAUCCUCGACCCUAAUGUUAUGGCAUUGAUAACGUAUACCAAUAGCACAGACGUGCCAGUCAAUUCGACAGACUGGAAGGAUGCGAUGGAUGUUGAAUGCGUCGGUCUGAACUCGUCAUUGUUGACGCCGCUCUUCGAAUCAGAAGCACCACCAGCCAGUAUAAUGUACGCCAUCGCGGCAAAUUUCCAGAUUGGAGACUAUGCCCUGGAUCGUGCCUUUAUCAAUGGGACCUCCUGGGUGAUGGCCGAUGUGCCCACAUUGAACCAAGCCGUAGCUGGCCUCCAGGCGGGCAAUGCCUCAUUUACGACCUCUGGAGUCAGCUCAGCAUUCAGUGCCAGUCAAUAUGUCAUUGACAUUCCCGAUUACGCUGUGGUGGAUCUUUUGAUCACCAACUACGACGAAGGAGCCCAUCCUUUCCAUCUCCACGGUCAUACCUUUUGGGUUCUUGCCUCGUCUCCGGAUCAGUACUUCGACUGGUCAACCUAUGAUAGCUUGAAUCGGACACUUUCGAAUGUCAUGCGACGAGACACGCUCAUGGUUGACGCAUACGGCUGGGCGCUCAUCCGAUUUGUUGCAGACAACCCCGGACUUUGGGCCUUACAUUGCCAUAUCAGUUGGCAUAUGGAGGCGGGUCUCCUGAUGCAAUUCCAGGCCAGGAGCGACAUUAUGAGGACAUGGACUCUACCUUCGGACGUGUUGGGGCUCUGUGCAGCCUGA